UUUUUUUUUUAUUAUUAUUUUUUUCUAAAAACUUAUGUUUACAUCAAAUCAAAUGGACUAUCAAUGUCCAAUUGACGAUGAGGGAUCGGACAUGGAUGUGUCUUCUGGUGAUGAAGACUAUACCACAAACAAUAUGAGUGGUGGAAGUUUAUAUGGAAUUUCAAAUAAUCAUCGCCAACAAAGAUCAGUACAAACCAGAAACACUACAGUUAACUCUUAUAGUCAAAAUUUCUCCCGUUCUGAGAUUGAUUCAUCUCGUUUUAUAAGUGUUGAUGAUUCAGAUGAUAGCGAUGAUUCCUAUCACACUGCACCAAGCUCGCCCAUGACUAUUUCAGAAGAAAUAGAAAUGGAAACACCAAAGAAAAUAAAACAGGCUGUAGAAAAAAGGGAUGAUCAUGAUGCCCUAGAUAGAGAGUUUGCUCGAUUAACAAAAAUGUAUGAAGACGUACUAAAACAAGAAGAAGAGAUUAAAAAUUUGAUUGAAGAGAAAAAGAAAAAAUUGCAAGUACAGCAAUUAGAGAUUCAGGUCCGUAGAUCUAUCAAGCGCAAUAGAGAAAUACCAAAGAAAUCGGAACAAGCUGAGUCAUCUACAUUAGCAUUGAAGAAGAAAACAAAGUUGGAUAAUACUCCUUUAAAAAAUGUUAAUUCUUCUCCAUUAGUAAAUGCAUCAGUUUCACACACACCAAGUCCAAUGGCCAUUGUAUUAGAUGCGCACGCUUCAAAUCCAAUGGUGAGUACAUCAACUGCAUCUACGUCAAAUCCGAUGGUAAAUACAUCAAUUGCAUCCAUGUCAAACUCAAUAUCAAAUUCUCUUAGAAGUGAAAACAAACAGAAAUCUACUACUAGAAAAGAGAAUUUAAAUUGUAUAUAUAAGCAACAAAAUGAGCAUAGCAACAAUGGACGGUCGAAUGUAUCCAAUUCACAAUCUACUAGUAUAACCCAGAGCCCACUUAUCGUUGAUCUUACAAAGGAUGAUAUGGAAAUAGACUCUAAUAAGCCAUACCGUUCGAGACUUGAAACAGCAAAAAUUGAUGUACCUUUUUCUGAUGUGUAUCAAGGAGAAAAAUAUAAAAAUAUCCAAAACCAACUUCCAUCAACAAGCACUAGUGAAUCUCAAAGAGGUCUCCAAAAUAAACUUAAAAGAGGAAAAAGCCCUGAUAUCCAACAAUUUAGUAUGCGUGUCUUAGAUGGAAUGACAGAAAAGGAGAUACGAUCAAUGAUUCGUAGAUCACAUAUUAUUGGUCAUGUAAGUCUUAAACAAAUGCAUAUCCAAUUAUGUGAUUUAAGACAAAGAGCCCUAGAGAGCCCUUUAACUUAUGUGCAAAAGGUACAUGCUGAAGUACUAGUUGCACUUAUUAUGUCACUCUGUCAUGAGAAAGGGGAACAUAUACCUCGCAAAAAUAAAGGCGUUGGUCGACACAUGAGACCUUCAUCUAAACUUGUUCUUGGUCCCGAAUUUUAUGGUCAUCCAGAUACAUUAGAUUAUGAAACAUAUCCUUUGUCUAAAGGAAAACUCAAUGAUGCUAUUACUUAUUUUAGAAAUAUGGAAGUUAAUCCUUUUAUGCCUCCAGCAAGACUUAAUACUCUUCCAGAUAAUAUUAAAAAAAAAGUCAUGAAAUAUUUUGACAAUGUAGGAUAUUGGAAAGACUCGGUAACAAAAAAGGAUAAGAAAAAGAUUAAGAAACUUGUUGAAAAACAUCAGUGUGACCUUCUUGAUAAAAAGAAAAAAGUUUACUCUAUCAUAUCAUCUAAUUCUAGUUCAUCAACAGAGUUUACUGCACAAUCAUCAAGUACAGCCUCUUCGACUUUGAAUCAUCAAUUAGAAGGAACAUCAACCGAUUUUGCAACUGCUAAUACCAAUCCUGCUUCUCCUAUUAAACCCAAUGAACAAAUAUCUGAGGCAGCAGUAACAUCAACGCGACAAGAUACAGUCAUCAAUAGUCCUUUAUCCUCCGUUAAAAAUGCUUCUCAUAAUAAAUCGAAUGAAGCAGAGUCAUCAAAUAAAGUUGCAUGUGCUAAUCAGUCUUCAUCUUCCAUUACUCCUUAUAUUAAAUCUCAAGAAACGGUAUCUAAAUCAGAUGUAAAUAAGGCAAGUAACUUUCAACCGUAUCAUUCUGCACUUUCUUCACUUGGUAUAUCUUUUAAUCAACAGCAAGAAACACAAGCUUAUAACAAAAAUACCACAGAAUUUAACCGGGAGUCUACUCAUCAAAGAAACUCUUCCAAAGGCAAAAACAAACAAAAAAUGAUCACUACAGAUAUAUUGUGUGAAGCCGAAAGUAGUGGUGGUAUUUGCAGAGAUAAAAAUUGUAUGUUUGUACACUUUUCAGACUUUAUGUAAUCCACAAUAUGUAUUAUUUUUUUUUCUUCUUUUUAUAAAACAUGAUUUAUAUAAAUAUGUAUAUGAGUGUGUAUGUGUUUGUAUGUGUGUGUAAAUAUAUAAAUAAAUAAAAAAGGAAUUUAUGUUAACUUAUGCACAAAAAAAAAAAAAGCAAUACUAGUAUUCC